CUUGGAAAUAGGAAUUAGUUCAUAUUGGGAAAACAAUUAGAAACUUAACGCAUGCCAACGGCGACGUUUUUGAGAAUCUUCCCGGCUUUUGUUUCUGGCCACGCGCCAAUCUAAAACCCUAGCAAAAUCUCAGAGCGUAACGCCAUCAAAGUUGUGCGUUUCGGUUAAGCUGUCCGGGAUAUACCAAAACGCUAGUAGCGAUCUCUUUGGCAAAAAUCCCAAUCUAACCCAUCGGCGGUCUCAAACUCAAUGGAUGUGGUGGUGGCUUCGUCGUCGAUCGAAGCAGGCAUCGGCUGCUGGGACCUACACACCGGCGCCGAGCAGCUCCGCUACAAGCUCUGCGCCUCUCCGCCUCACGGCCUUGUCUGCGUCGGUCAACGGUUCCUAGCCUCGUCUCAGCUCCGCGAGCCCUCCGCCUCCGGCUCUGUCCAGUACUGGUCUUGGUCUAAGCCUCAAGUUGAUGUUAAGAGCUUCCCAGCAGAACAAAUCAAGCCGCUCGCUGCUAACAGUGAGGGCACGUAUAUUGUUGGCGGAGGUUUAUCUGGGAAUAUCUAUUUGUGGGAGGUUGCUAGUGGUAGACUGCUUAAGAAAUGGCAUGCUCACUACAGAGCUGUCAGUUGCUUGGUAUUUUCAGAUGAUGACUCUCUUCUAAUUUCGGGGUCGGAGGAUGGAGGCAUUAGAGUUUGGUCCCUUUUAUUAAUAUUUGAUGAUUUUCGAAGGCAACAGCGAAGCCAACUAUACGAGCAUGAUUUUACAGGGCACGCUCUAUGUGUAACAGAUGUCGUCACAGGAUACGGUGGAGGCAAUGCCAUUAUCGUGUCUGCGUCACUGGAUCGCAGAUGUAAGGUUUGGAGUAUAUCAAAAGGGAAACUAUUGAGAAAUAUUGUUUUCCCCACAAUAGUUGAUGCAAUUGCACUGGAUCCUGGUGAACAUGUCUUCUUUGCCGGUGGUAGAGAUGGCAAGAUAUACGUUGCUGCACUUAAUGCUGAAAGCACAUCUGACAGCAAGCAUGGGUUGCAUAUCAUCAAUUGUUUCUCAAAUCACAGCAAUACUGUAACUUGCUUAGUGUACAGUAUUUCUGGAAAUUGUUUGAUUUCUGGAUCGGAGGAUGGCGUGGUUCGAGUUUGGGAUGCUAAAUCUCAUAACAUCGUCCGUGUGUUCAAACAUGCAAAAGGUCCAGUGAACAAUAUUCUAGUCAUUAGACAACAACUUUCUCAGAUGAAUUCGCAAUCUUCCUCCAGAAGGCAUGGUUCAUCAUUGCCACCUCCACUGGAAAAGUAUCCAAUAGCUGAAGACCCAACAGACCUUAUGGCUGUCAUUGGUCGCCAGGCUACAUGCAGUAAUUCUACAGAAGCAUUGUACCUCAGGUCUGAUGUGAUUAAUGGCCAAAUCAAAGAGCUUCAGCAACAAGGUUCUGCCUCAGCCGAAAUGGAGAUCGAGAGACUAAAGCAUGAUUACGAAAGAUCAAUACAAAUGGUUCAGCAGUGGAAGAAAAUGUACGACAACUUGCAUCAGUUCUGUGUAAAUGAGCUUUUGGAUGGUGAUCAAGUAGGAAUCCCAAAUGGAAAUGCCGCCUGAAAAUAGGUACCCGAUAGCUUCCAAUCCGUAAAUGGUUACAAGAUGCACCGUUUGUUCUUGUUUUGUCUUUGUGAUCAGUUUCCACAUUCUUAAAUUUUUGUCUCUCUUUUCCUUUUUCCUCCUUUUUGGUUGACUAAACAAAUUAUUCUAUGAAAGGUUAGUUAAGAGAUGAGAUUGCAUAUCCUUUUAAGUUCUGAUUCAUUUUAGCCUUGUGUCGGUAAGAGAACUAUUAAGUGGUAACUUUUACUUAUGAAUUGUUGAGUUUUGAUUCAAAUGAAAUACGAGUAUCUCUUUACAGGUAA